UCAUUCACAGAAUCACAAUUCAUUUCCUCAUCAGACAUAAUUAUUUGUCUAGUUUUAGUUUUGCCGACUCGCUUCACAUUCGUUAUCUAUUUCAUUUUAUUUUAGUCCUUUUCAAUGAAAGUCAUUGCGGAGUGAUAGAAGAGCGAGAUUCACUUGGAAAUCUUCUGAAGAGCUUCCGAGUUUGCGAAUGAGAGAACUCGGCAUUGACUCAGAGACGGUUCGUUAUAUUUUCGUGGCCGAUGGUGAGUUUUUUAGCUGAGUGACAAUUUCUCUUGCUAUGACUUUCAGGUUUAUGCUAGAUUGAAAUAAAUUUGCAUUGACUAUGGGUGUCUCUGGGAAGUGGAUUAAAGCAUUGGUUGGUCUAAAGAAAUCAGAAAAGCCAGGGUCUUCUGAGAAGGAUGGAAAUGUUGGCAAGUUUCACCAUCAGAGAAGGCAUGGUGUUGAAUUUGAUAAUGGUAAAUUUCCGAACGAAUUGGAUAAUGCUGCUACUCCACCUGUUGAAUAUGAUAAUGGCCAUGCAAACCUUGAUGCCCACUAUUCAUCUUCUUCUUCACAACAAGCACAUGAUGCUGCACAUAAUCAACAGAUGAGGGAGGAAUUGGCUGCAAUACGCAUUCAAACAGCAUUUCGAGGAUUUCUGGCUAGAAGAGCACUACGGGCUUUGAAAGGUGUGGUAAGGCUUCAGGCCCUUGUAAGAGGCCAUGCAGUGAGAAAACAAGCCGCAAUAACACUCCGUUGUAUGCAAGCUUUGGUGAGGGUUCAAGCUCGUGUUCGGGCUAGGCGUGUUUGCAUGGCAUUGGAAACUCAAGCAUCACAACAGAAGCAUCAGCAAAACCUUGCAAAUGAAGCUCGAGUUCGAGAAACAGAAGAAGGAUGGUGUGAUAGUGUAGGAUCUGUUGAAGAAAUUCAGGCUAAAAUAUUGAAGAGACAAGAGGCUGCAGCAAAACGUGAGAGAGCCAUGGCGUAUGCUCUAUCUCAUCAGUGGCAGGCAGGAUCAAGACAGCAGCCUGUUUCCUCUGGUGGAUUUGAACCAGAUAAAAAUAGCUGGGGUUGGAAUUGGUUGGAAAGAUGGAUGGCUGUCCGUCCUUGGGAGAACCGCUUCGUUGACAUUAAUAUGAAGGAUGGAGUAACAGUACAUGAAGAUGGAGCUAAGGAUGAUAAAAAUGGAACCACACCUCAGUUGAGCUCUGCUAACAAGAAACCAUUCUCAUCAAACACACAUCCAAACCUGACAAGUCAAGGAACUGGUCCCACUAUAUCUGAUGGCUGUGAUUCUUCAUCUAGUAAGUCUGCAGGUUUGCUAGAAUCAUCAUACACGCAGCCUGUUAAGCCAACUUCUAAGGCAAAAGUUGAAAAUACUGUUGAAGAAGUUAACUCAAAACCUAGAAUUGGGUCAAGAUCCCAUAGUAAUCCAAAGGAGAGAACAUCACAGGCAGAUAAGCAGGCCAAAAAACGAUUAUCUCUGCCUAACAAUGCAGGGGGUGGAGCUGGAUGUCAAAUAGUCAAACACCCUGUUAGCACUACUAGUGUGAUUAGGGAUAAACCUAAGCUCAACGGAAGACGGGAUGCGAAUACAAAACCAGUUCCAUAGCUGAAUGGAAGAAAGGAUGCGAACAUAAACACACGGAUAUGUAUUUUCGAGAAUCUCAAAUAAGGGAAAUCACUCUCUUCUCUAUUGAUAUAUAUGGCCAUUUGUUGUUCUGUGCAUAUAAUGUGAAGCGGUGAGGGCUUUGUACCUAGUCCAUCCAUGAAGAGUUGAAGACGGUGAAUAUGGUUUUACAGUUUUGAGAUUGGCUUGGGUUGUGGCUUGUGAUAGGAAUAAGAUUUGCCUGGUUGAUACAAGUUUGUUUUUAUUUAUUUAUGCAAUACUUGUUGUGGUCAGUCAGAAUGUCAGUUAUGUGAUAGCAUGAUGUAUUUAUGUACACCUUUCAGUGUGCAAUUGCCUUAUGUCGCAUUAUAUUGUUGCCAGAUGUUCUUUAGUGAGCAUACAUACUUCUGCGUAGAUUUGAUUGCUUGAUCA